UGUUUAUUUUUCAGAGCCUCACAAGGCAACGUUUUUUAGACUCCCCUUAAUUCAUCCAUGCACAUACAAAUAGACUGUGAAACGUGCCUUGGUGGGCAUGGGCAUAAUUCCACCUAUUAGAGAGACAGAUAUAUCUUAUUUUGCUUCUUCCCUUGUUGUUUGUGAACUAGCCAUCUGCUAAUUGGAUUUUGUGUUUGUAAGAGGUAAUAAUAGAUAGUGGUUAUGCCUAGGGAAAGGGAUCCUCUAAUGGUUGGAAGGGUAAUAGGGGAUGUAUUGGACCCCUUUAACAGGUCUGUGACAUUGAAUGUGAUAUAUAACUCUAGGGAGGUCACCAAUGGAUGUGAGCUCAAGCCCUCAGCUGUGGUUCAUCCUCCAAGGGUUGACAUUGGAGGCAGUGACAUGAGGACAUUUUACACUCUAGUUAUGGUUGACCCAGAUGCUCCAAGCCCAAGUGAUCCUAGCCUAAGGGAAUAUUUGCACUGGUUGGUUACUGAUAUACCAGCAACCACAGGUGCAAGUUUUGGGCAAGAGAUCCUGUGCUACGAACACCCUCAACCGACAGUAGGGAUCCACCGAUUUGUGUAUGUACUGUUCCGGCAGCUCGGGCGACAGACGGUCUAUGCACCAAGUUGGCGUCAAAAUUUCAACACUCGCGAGUUUGCAGAGCUCUACAACCUCGGCCUGCCAGUUGCCGCCGUCUACUACAACUGCCAAAGAGAGUCAGGCUCCGGCGGCCGGCGUAUGAGAUAGAUGAUGCCCCAUUCUCUCUAGGAAUUUAUUAUCUCUCAUCUCCAUGCAUUAGAGAAAUAUGAGCACAAACACCUGUAAUAAGUGUAAGGAGAAGCCUAUUCUCUGUAGCUAUGAAUAAACCAUACUUGAUGCUUGAAGA